AUGGGGAAUUGGAAUCAAAGUGGAAACCGUGGUUGGAACCAAAGUGGUGGUGGUUAUGAUGACCAAUAUCAUGGUGGGGGAGGCCCUUCCAAUUUCAAUGGAAGAGGCUACUCUAACCAAAGAGGGUAUGGUAAUCAAAACCAACAACCUAACUCCCGAUACUACGACCAUCAAAAUCAAAAUUUUACUGAUCAAAGUAACAUGGGAAGUAAUCAGCAAAGUAAUGUUCCUAACCAAGGCACCGGAGGCAAUAGGGGUCAAUAUGUAUCUAACUAUUCCCAAACUAUUAGGCCUCCGGAUGCCUUAUUGAAAUUGCGUGAGGAGGAUCAAAGGAGGCAUGAAGAGGAACUAAAACGAACAAAUGCUCAUAUGAAAAUGCUUGAAACUCAAAUAGCUCAACUUGCUUCUAACUCAUCCCCUUCUUCUUCUUCUUCCACCAUCCCAAAGAAUGUCGGUGAGAGAUCCAAUGAGCCAUUGAGUGUUGAGAAAGAAGAGGAUGUUAAGGUUCCAAAGAAGAAGGAAGCUAUCCCCUUGCCCCUAAAUCGCCAACCUAGAGAGGAAAAGCUACCCUUUCCACAACGAUUUGUGAGAGCUAAGCUUGAUGCCCAAUAUGGGAAGUUUUUGGAUGUGAUAAAGAAUUUGCAUGUUUGUCUUCCCUUUAUUGAUGCUAUGAAACAAAUUCCCCACUAUUCCAAAUUCUUGAAGGAACUUUUGAGUGGGAGAAGGGAGUGUGAAACGGUGAGCUUGACCGCCAAUUGUAGUGCCAUUCUUUCCAAUAAGCUUCCUACAAAGUUGAAUGAUCCGGGUAGUUUCUCUAUCCCUUGUUCCAUUAAUGGUGUCGAGUUUGACAAGGCAUUAUGUUAUUUAGGAGCAAGCGUGAGUCCUAUGACCUAUUCUUUCUACCAAAAGCUUAGUAUAGGAACCCUUUCACCCACAAAUGUUACUCUCCAACUAGCGGACCGUUCUACCAAGUUUCCCAUGGGUAAAAUUGAGGACAUUUCCCGUGGACUUUUAUGUGCUAGAGAUGGAUGA